GCACCGCCCAUUUUAAAUAUAUGCAUAAAGUUCCACUUCGAAAUCUUAUGGAAUCUUCAAAACGGAAGACGAGAAAGUUAUGAAACUCACUGUAUUUUAAGACUAAGUAGGUGAUUAAGUAGGGUAAUCAAACGACGAUUGUAUAAUGAAUUGAAUCUUAUUUUGAAUAAGAAUGAGAAUCGACGACAUAAAACUUAUUCUUUGUUGGACCAUGAUUGUUCGUCAAUAUGUGAUACAAUGUAAUGUUGCUUAUAUAACCUACUGUCCAUGCAUGGGUCGGCUUGGAAACCAGAUAGAACAGUUCCUAGGUAUGAUUGCAUUUGCAAUUAAACUAAACCGUACUCUUGUUUUGCCUCCGUGGAACAUUAUGUCAUCUUUACAGGCUAAUUUUGUGCCUUUUGGAAACUUAUUUAACAUCACUACACUUGUACCAGUUCAUCAGUUUGUUUCACUGGAAAGUUUUAUGUUGAAUGAAGCUCCUGUCAUCUGGCCAGCAGCUAAACGUACAGCGUUAUGCUUUCGACCUAGAUCGGGUCCUUUAUUUAAUGAUUGUAAUGCUAAAAACGGGAAUCCUUUCAAAGAAUUUUGGGAUAAAUUUAAUGUCAGUUUCACAGGUUCUAGUUUCUAUUUUCCUCUAAGUACAGAUGAUCCUAAAGAGAAGUGGGAUCAGUUAUUUCCUUCAGAAACUUACCCAGUUCUUGCAUUCAUUGGACCGCCUUCGUCUUUCCCUGUUCGUCCUGAAAACCGUGUAUUCCAUCGUUAUUUAGAAUGGAAUAGUCAUAUUAAUCUAGUCACCGAGAAUUUUAUAAAUCGAUGGUUAAAUAAACCUGUAGUUGGAGUUCAUUUACGUAAUGGAGAGGAUUUUUCAAAUGCUUGCUCACAUUUAAAAAGUGGUUUACGUAUCUUGUUCUCAAGCGCUCAGUGCCAUGGUGAUUUUAAUGAACUUCCUCCUUACAAAGUAACAGAAGAUAUGUGCAUCCCCUCAAAAGAAUUAGUUCUUCAUACAAUUUCGUACGGUGUUCGUUUAAUUAAAGCAAAAACUAUAUAUGUAUCUACUGAUAAUGAUCCUAUGUUGUCAUUAAUUCGCCGUCACUUUACUGAUACAACUAAGCGAAGCGCCGUCUCUUACUAGUCCUGAGAAACUUCUACUUUAUAACAACUGGUUAGAUUUAUGUGUCGUCUUCAUAAAUUAAGAUUUGUCGUAUUUGAUGCAUUUCAUUUAUUACGAAGAAUUCAUGUAGAAUUCAAAGGGUCACUUGAUUCUUAUCGGUCGAUUUAUGAAAUUAUCAAAGUUUGAGAGUGAAACACCUCUUUGAACAAAUGAGUUUAUUGCGGUAAAACGUGUUGUGUGGGAACCUAAUCGAAAACCUGAAGAAGAUUUGGCAUUGUUAGGUAGAAUCGAUUUAGCUAUCCUCAAUUGUGUGUCAACUUACUCUGCUGCGGUGAAACGUGAACGGGAUGCAAAGAAUUUACCCAGUAUGUUUUUCGGACUAACUAUUGAAAAUCAAAGAGGAUUGGAAGUAUUGUGCAAUUCGACAAAUAAAGCUGUCAACUACUGGUGGUCGAAACUGUACCAAAAAUAAGUUCUUAGUGUAUCAUAAAUAUGUUAGUGUUUUCUCCAUUUCUUAGAUUGUAUUAUUCGCUUGUUAACUUUUUUAUCAUUAUAAAACUUGCAUUUGUUAUAGUAUUCAGUGUAAUUUCUAGGAUGCCUCGUUAAUACGUGACAAGGUAAGAUUCAUAGCUCUUCACUCAUGGUAAUAAAUAAAACAUACAUUUCUGUUUUUGGCAUAAAAUCAUUACAAUAUUUCGACCGAUUGUUGUCAAGAAAUACAUAAAGCAUAUAGAUCAUCAAUGUAGGCGAUCUAUGUGGAUGGUCUCGGUCUACUCAUGUUGAUUGACCUGGCUUACAUCAAGAUCACAUCCCGCGGUUAAUACUGGACAUGAAUUAUCAUUUCAAGUUACCGUGUUGUACUGGCAUGACAUUAUUAAAGAAGUGUAUUAGUAAUAAUAGGUUGGGGAAAUAGUGCAACCACUGCUGCAUACGUCAAUCCAUGGCGUGUUACGAUUAAUACGCGUUGUUUGACCUUAGGAUAGCUCGCUAAACUGUUCGGCAUUCAGUGGCUUACCUGCUGGAUGGUUUGAUCAGAGCUCAACUUACAGAUCAUAGGUAGACGGUAAAUACAUUAGCGGGGCAGGUAACACCCACGACUACAAUGGACACCUUGUCAAGUCUCAAGACUUAGAUCCAGAAGCAGUAUCCUAAUAUAUUUCAGAGCAGUGCUAGACGGUGCACAAAGCCAAUUUAUCUUAACUUUGAGUGCCAGGGGAAUAUUUUGGCCGACAAUAAUUGACGGCUUCGGUUGUCGGCUACAACCGUCAAGACAUUCGUUUCGUGUUUGUUACAGAUAGAAAAGCCGGGGCGCACUCCGAUGGACAUAUUCAAGCGUCAUCUACCACACUGGACAAACAAAGACUAGACCCCAAUGUUACACUAAGUCACCAGUUUCUCUCAGAUGAACCUGUGUCAGUCGACAGAUGAUAAUAAACUUCAAGAGUAGCACGGUACUUCUCAUAGAUGAUAUCUUACCAAUAAUUUACACUGAUUUCUAACAGUUCAGCUAUCUAGAGGACGUCUCCAGGAACCGCAUUCUGAUAUGCACUAAUCACAACGUCGACUUUGAGAGGACCAUAUCCAUGAAAACCUCUAUUCACCUGUUAACCAUAACACAACACUGGUAAGUUUGUCGACCUAUUGAAGCAGUUUCUUAGUCUGUCACAACCAACUUUUCAACUAGAAAAUCUGGGACAAGUAUGUACACCAUUUUGGAAUUGAAAGACGUCUGUCUUCUAUUUCUUUUGACCUUUCAAUCCUAAAGAAUUUGACAAGAUGUUGAAAUAGGGUAUUACACUACCCUCCAAUAGCCCUCCUACUCCACCACUGCAUAUAUUCCAGGAGAACAACGACGUUCGACAUUGUGCUCAAUUUAAAGUCCUUAAUAGUUCGGUUACUCCAGACAAUUACUAUUUACUUCAUUUGCAAGGCUUUACCAAUACUUCGCAAAAAGUAACCAUCUCAUAAGCCGAUCUCAUAAGAGUAUAUUGCCGAUUCAACCUAAUAAUAUCUCAAGGGCCAAAAGGAAAAUAGAUAAACUGGGUUUUUAGCCUGAUAAAUGUGCCACAAACAUCUUAGUACCCUAUCGACCAAUCCCUUAGAGGUUUCAUGGUACGGACUAGUAUAAAUGAAGGUAGUGGUGAUGGUCGUCUCGUGAAUGCUGAUGGAGGGUCGUGUUUUUAUGUUGAGAAUGGGUCUGUUCCAAUUUGGUUACAUUAAUACUACACUGCCAUUGUGGUUACACAAAAUCGUAUGAUGUUUUGCUAUUAUGUAGUUUUAACGUUCACUAAGAGUCGAGGAAGUGUAGCAGCCUUCAGAACAUUCAUUUUUGUAAGAUAAAUUUUAGCUUUCAGACGUUAUGCUGAACACUGAAAUAAAUACCGUUAUGAAGUCAGACUUUGGUUGGGAUACUUCGACUUACAAUUGAUUGAUCACUGGGUAGUGACCAAUGUCAUGUGUGUCGGGUCCUUCUUAGUGCAGAUUGGAUUAUAUCAAUCACGUUGCAAUCUGGUCAAUAGUGGACGUCGCCUGUACUAUGUCGAGAUGUAGGAGGUAGACGAUGGGAAGCCCCGGACCUGGGUUUCAAGCUACUUAGCUUUCGUCAGCAAAGGUUGCCUGUAAUCUCGAGAGAACCAGUGCCCUCGGACGAAUUCGAUCUCGAAAGUUUGUGCGAUUUUCAAUUUCGUGUUGAACUUAUAUUCUGUUUAAGCUAAGUCAGCCAAUCUAUUUUGACUGUCUUUCAUAAUUGAGCUAACACCAGGGCACAUCCAGUUUGUUUUGCAUUACCAAAGAAUAAUAUCCAAACAUUUAUUUUUUCAGUUUAACUCCCCAAAAUCACCGAGAAACGGUUCUGGAAAUUAAUUAUCAAACUUGAAGUUUUGUCUGCGAUAGUUCCGUUUUGAUAUUUCCAGGUCCUGGUAUUUAACCUUAUCACAAUCCCUCCUUUCUUAUCUUACGGUGUAUUUCGUGGCAUUUAGAUUCGCCGGCCUUCUUGUAUGGCAGAAGAUGCAGGAUAAAACGUCGUUGAGCGUCUUCACUUUAUCAUGUCUGUGUUGUGUAACUACACAACACCAGCUAACUGUUUAUCUAGAUCAAUUUAAGCAUUCUUUUACAACAAAAUAUGAGCUCAGUGACUGACUAAGAUAUCGUAGGACCUGAAUUUGUUAGACGUCGUUCCAGUAAGCACUUUAUUUCACACUGCUAUAAAGCUUGACCAUCAGUUUUAGUUCACGACCAUUUAUUCUGAGUUUCAGCCUUCUUCAAAGGCUAUGGUGAGUGCCCAUCAUUCCGUCCAUCUAGUAGAAGUCAAACUAAUUUUUCCCGUGAUAUUAAAUGAAAACCUGGUUUUAAUAAACAGAUCUAUCCCAAAAAUAUUUGUAGAUAUAUGCAUGUUCCACUAAAAGUGGUCAAUUUUUUCGCACAAGAGAAAAGCAACUUACUGAAUUGUGUCAUUAGCAAUAAUAGUAGGUGGUGGUGGACAUAUCUUCUGGCUCAUGAAUGCAAUAGGGAUAAUUCAUUGUCAGUGAUAAUGACUCACAGGUUAGCGUUCCCCGAGAAAUAUUCAGUACACACCUACAAGACUAAUUACUCAACUUUCAAAUGACCUAGUUUUAACUAGCUUUUGCUUCAAAGAAACCUUACUGAGACUUCAGACCUAUUUAAUGGAUUGCUCAGAUCCAAAACGCGGUAUGGAUGGUACCAACUAGUCCAUCUCACGAUUCCGUUAUCAGCUACUUACCAGUUAGUUGACUCAUGGACACUAUUUGUGUCAAUAAUUAGUUUGAAUUCUACCUGCUAAUUGAUAUAUUUUAUUCUCUUCCUUCGCAAACAGCCGAGUUUUGUCAACCAGUGUUCCUGGUGUUUAUUCUCACACUCGUUUUUUCUUUUUAUCUUUUUUAGCACCACGAUUGUAAAGCUCAAAUGUGCAGGUUAGGGAUUUGUGGGUUCGUCAACGUCGCAGUUUUUACGAGGUGCCAUUUCUAAACAGAAUGUAACAGUAGUAGACUCAUAGUACAGUACUAAAACAAACCCACUUGUUAACUUAUUGGUAUAUCUGCAUGAAUGUUCUAUCACAUAUUUUGACUGACUGUAUUUAUUUAGUAACUGAAACAGUAGUAUAUUAUCUGUAAACCUAUGUUGC